AUGCCACUUCUGUUCCCGCAAGCUCUUGCUGUCAAUUCUCAGAGGCUCAGUGAUGCGAUUACGUGGCGAUGCGUUUUGCUAGCCAGCCGAACCCUCAUGGGAGCCUCCCUUGGGUUUGCGAGCAUGAAUUUUCACUCGACAUUGACUGAUCUGUUUGGGGCGUCUCUGAUGAGCUGCAACCCUCAUCAGGAAGUUGUCGACGACUUUGAUGCCCGGAGACAUGGCGGCGGCAUGGGCGUCUGGUUAGGCAUCUGGACUUGGUGUUGGAUUGGAUCUCUGGGCGUGGGAUUUCUUGUUGGUGCUAGCAUCAUUGACAGCUAUCCACCAGCUUGGGGCUUCUAUGUCAGCAUCAUAAUCAUUGCCGUUGUCCUCGUCCUAAACGUUGUUUGCCCGGAAGUUCGUCGGUCAGCAUAUCGACGAUCUGUGGCCGAGGUCCGAACCGGAGAAGAUAUUUCACGGCGAGUAGCUCGUGGCGAAAUCAUGAUGCAUCGGGUGAAAACAGGUCCAAAGUGGUGGGGACAAGAGGUGUAUCAUGGAAUCGCACUCAACUUGGAAAUGCUCCGCCAACCCGGAUUUGCAAUCAUGACAAUUUACUCUGCCUGGAUAUACGCUCAAGUUGUCUUAAUCAUCAUCUUGCUGGGGUCAUUGGUUUCACGAUUCUAUCGUAUGAAAUCCACCUUUGUCGGUUUAUUCGUUGGAUGCAUGGCUUUGGGUGCCUUGCUUGCGAUCCCAUUCCAAAAAGCCAAUUUGUUCUCUCGCUCCCGCCAGGCCCAGCUAAACAGCAACUUAGCUACGCUGGAUAGAAAAGUUGCUUGGUCAUCUCAUCUUGUUCGCCGUACAGUGUUCACUCUCGUCCUGCCGCUCGCCGGUAUUUGCUACGCAGCGGUGUCUUCCGGUCCACCAAUACAUGUCAGCGUACCGACACUGUUUUCAGGAUUCGUUGGAUUCUUCUCCAGCCUGGCUAUUGCAGAAUGCAAUGGACUGGUCAUGGAGGCUUUCGACUGCUCUGAUCUAUCUCCAGGAAUGACAGGGCGCCAAAGAGGCGGUUCCGGCAGAAAGCAGAAGAAGACAAACUACUCAUCGUUUCCAAGAGUUACAGCCGGAUUUGCAUCCAUACACGCCUUGGCAUUCCUCUUGGCUGCCGGUUCUACCGCCCUAGGCGGGCACGUUACCAGAGUUUUGGGACAGCAGGUUGCCACUGGUGUGGUGGCCGGGAUUCUUCUCAUAUUGACGUUUCUGUUACUUCUCGCCCUUCUUCGUUUUACUGAAGUUCAAAUAGUCCCAAAAUCCAAAUCACAAGAAAUGGAUAGACUGGUGGAAGCGCGCCGUCGUUCGACAAUCCGUCGAGUGUCCAUGCCGAAUAACUCGCAAGCCAUCAUUGACGAGGAGAGGGCGUGGAGACCUGCCAUGAUUGGAAACCCUACAAGCAAAAGACGCCGGAUGAAUGUUUUCGAGCUCGGCAGCAUGACUCGCUGGCAAGAGAUUCGGAAAAAGAACAAACUGAUUGAUGCCGGCGCUCACCUCAACCGAGAGGCUUGGGAUCAAGGAAUGGACGCAUUGGAUGACCAGUUGAGCGACUUCCGAAGAGACGCACACCAAGUCUUUCACGGAACGAGACGAAGUGCAAGACGGCUGCGUCGAACGGAUGAGAGUAGCGACGCUGUUCAACCUAUAGAGAUGAGAAACCUAGAGGACCAAGGAAAACAGGAAGGCUCACAACAAACUCGACGAGGCAGGCGAGAGUGUGCUUUGAGCCGCACCUCGGAUGAGGGAAGUGAUGGUACACACUUAAGAAACAGAAACAAGGUGGUAUAA